AUGAAGUGGGUGUCCUGCAGGAGAAGCUCACUGGUAGCCUUUGUCACGGGGCUGAAAACAGCGCUCGCCCAGGAGUGUGAAAAGCUGCAAGAAGAUCUAGGGGAAGGAGAUGCUGGCUUGGAUAUAGACAUGCUAGAGGACCUUAAGUCCCUUAGGUUUGAGAAUGGGAUUGAAAAGGAAGACCUCUGCUGGCUGUAUUUGACGGGUCGUUAUCACGCACGUAUGAUCGAGGCCUGUGCCCAUGCAACCUUCUUCUGCAAGCUACUCCAUAAUUUGAGAAAAGCACUGCACGAGAAGCACGUUGCCAGAUGUCUCUUGAUUGGAUCACACGCCGACGUUCCUGAUGACGAUGGGUUAAAAGUGGGCAUCAUUGGAGGCGGCCACCUGGGGAAGCAGCUGGCCCACGUGCUGCUUCAGCUUGUCCCCAUCCCUGUGGAGAGGCUGCAGAUCUCCACGCGGAGGCCAGAGACCCUGGGUGAGUUCCAGAAACUGGGGAUCCGGUGCUUUUACCAUAACUCUUUUCUGGUGGGCUGGGCCGACGUGAUAUUCCUCUGCUGCCUGCCAUCUCAGCUGCCUAAUAUCUGCUUAGAAAUCCACACCAGCUUUCGAAGAGAAUGCAUUGUGUACAGCUUUGUAGCUGCCAUCCCAAUACCCAGGUUGAAAAGGCUACUGAACCACAGCAAUAUCUUGCGGCCUCAGUAUCAGUGUGUUGAAGGUUUCGCCAACAUCUGGGGGACCAAUAAGGAAAUCAUAACUGCUCUCCAGGAUCCUGUGAUUCUUCAGGCUACCUGCCCCUACAAUCCUGCUGGAGGAACAAUCCUCAAUAUCAAGUGGUUGGAGGGAGUGUUCUAUGCAGCCCUCAACGUCUGCACGGCCAACUCCCUGCCGCACCAACAAGUGCUGCAGCUUCUGAAUGAGCUGUUCCUCUCGGCGCACUUUGAGGACUGUGGGAAAGACGGAGCAUCUUGCCCAAAAUUCCAAUUACAGGACUUUAUCAGCAAAGAGUAUGCCAAGAAGCUGCCUCACAGAAGGCCUCUCCCCUGGUUUGAUCUGACCACCGUGCAACUCUGGGAAACGCCCUUGAGCCAGCAUCUCUUAACCAGCACUGCCCUCCAGGACCACCUCAUCCACCUGUAUUGUAACGAAUUUGGCAUCAUGCUGACCAAAGAACAUCAGCCAGUGGUUUCCACACGCUCUCCAUCCCUGUGAGAGGAGACCUCAGGACCCAGGAGUCUUUCUCCCUCUACAUGGCUGUGCCCUGAUCACCACAACUGACGGUGGGGAGUCAUGUGACUGUACGGUGUUUGCCAUAUGUUAGCCACUAAGGAAUUAGAAAAUUGUACUGAUGGCUCUUUAAAAUGUAGACAAAACAAGAGGUCCUUUGCAUCGGUAUAUAUGUGUAUCUCUGGCAUUGUGUGUGUGCACUUAAAAAAAUAUAUAUAUAUUUAGUGAUUUCAGAGAGAGGAAAGGAGAGGGGGAGAGAGUUGAA